CUCCACCUCCACCUCCUCCUCACCACAAGCCGAGGCGCGGCAGUAAGAGGAAGGAGGGGAGAGGGCGGUGUGUGUGUGAGUGAGUGUGUGUGUGUGAGUGAGUGAGUGAGUGAGUGCGCGGCUCCCGAGGGCCCCGGGGACGGGGACGGGGGGGACGGGGACGGGUUGGAAAGGAAAAGCCGUGAGAUGUCGAACGAGGAGAGCUACAAGGCCAUCAUCCGCUACCUGACCAACGAGCGGGAGCCGUACGCGCCCGGCACCGAGGGCAACGUCAAGCGCAAGAUCCGCAAGGCCGCCGCCUGCUACGUGGUCCGCCGGGGCACCCUGUACUACCAGAAGAAGCGCAAGGACAAGGACCAGUUCGACGAGCUGCAGGUGGUGCUGGAGGCCGACGCCCGCCGGGAGCUCAUCGCCUCCUUCCACCGGAGCCCCGAAGGCUUCCACCUCACCCGGGACCAGACCUGGAAGAACAUCUCGCAGACUUACUGGUGGAGAGGUAUAUUUAAGCAAGUGAAAGAUUACAUCAGAGAAUGCAUUCAGUGCAAGGAAAGAGUUGAUCGAAACAGAUCAUUGUCCACCGAUACAAUGGAAAUCUUGUUGGGAAUAGAUACUCCAACAAUAGGAGAUAGUAAUGAAACUGAUGAUGAGUUGAGCAACUCGGAAGGAAGACUCAAUACUGUACCAAGGUCUACCAGAAAGAAAACUGUCCCAAAACAAGAAUUGGUAUUUGUGGACAGCAAAGGUCUGGUAAAACGGAAAUCUGAAAAGCACAGUCAGAAGGUGUUAGAGCAACUCAACCUUCAGAGACUGUCCAACCAGUUUUGUGAUGUCACGCUUCUAAUUGAGGGAGAGGAGUACAAAGCACAUAAAUCCACUCUGGCAGCAAGCAGCGAGUAUUUUCGAGAACUCUUCAUUGAAAAGGGAGCAGUUUCUAGUCACGAAGCUGUUGUGGAUCUCUCAGGGUUUAGUAAGACCAGUUUUCUUCCAUUGCUGGAAUUUGCCUACACAUCUAUCUUGGCGUUUGACUUCUGUCACAUGGCUGAUGUUGCCACCCUGGCACGCCACCUACUGAUGAAUGAAGUAUUGGAGAUCUGUGAACAUGUACACAAGCAGCUGGAGGAAAGAAAAAUCACUGUGUACCAGAAAGGAGACAUAAAAAUGGUGAAUUCUGGAGACAAUAUUGGUGAGAUAGAUGUGAACAUGGAUGUCAAUGUUUCAGAACAACAGGGUGCUGAAAAUAUUGAAAACACCGAAGGGUCCAUCACAAUAGUACUUCCUGUAGAGAUUCCAGUACCCCCUGAAGCCGCAUCAUCCAAUAUGGAAGAUAUGAUCACAAAUGAAGCAGUAACGUAUGAAUCCAAAGCAAUAGAACAAAUCGAAGAACUGAAUAUUCAGCCAAGUGAAGAUGCUCUGGAAUGCCCCACGGAGGACUGUAGUGAUGCACGCAACCAAGUUAAUCAACAAUCUGAGCUUGUAAAAACCACUGUAGUUGGACGAGAACUAGAGAAUAUGGAGUUUAAUAAUGAGGAUGUCACAGAACUGCCUUCCAGAAAAGAGCAGAUGGAUACAACUAUAAUUAACGGGAAUGAGACUGAAACAAAUGAGGCAAAGAAAGUUGAGUCUAUAGAGAUAAAGAAAGCCGAGCCUAUAGAGACGAGAAAAGAUGAGUCUGUGGAGACAAAGCAAGACUGUUCUCCAGAGAGUAAGCAAGACUGCUCUCCAGAGAGUAAACAAGACUGCUCUCCAGAGAGUAAGCAGGACUGCUCUCCAGAGAGUAAGCAGGACUACUCUCCAGAGAAUAAGCGAGACUGCUCUCCAGAGAGUAAGCGAGACUGCUCUCCAGAGAGUAAGCGAGACUGCUCUCCAGAGAGUAAGCGAGACUGCUCUCCAGAGAGUAAGCGAGACUGCUCUCCAGAGAGUAAGCGAGACUGCUCUCCAGAGAGUAAGCGAGACUGCUCUCCAGAGAGUAAGCGAGACUGCUCUCCAGAGAGUAAGCGAGACUGCUCUCCAGAGAGUAAGCGAGACUGCUCUCCAGAGAGUAAGCGAGACUGCUCUCCAGAGAGUAAGCGAGACUGCUCUCCAGAGAGUAAGCGAGACUGCUCUCCAGAGAGUAAGCGAGACUGCUCUCCAGAGAGUAAGCGAGACUGCUCUCCAGAGAGUAAGCGAGACUGCUCUCCAGAGAGUAAGCCGGACGGGCCUGCGGCGAGCAAGCCGGACGGGCCUGCGGCGAGCAAGCCGGACGGGCCGGCGGCGAGCAAGCAGGACGGGCCGGCGGCGAGCAAGCAGGACGGGCCGGCGGCGAGCAAGCAGGACGGGCCGGCGGCGAGCAAGCAGGACGGGCCGGCGGCGAGCAAGCAGGACGGGCCGGCGGCGAGCAAGCAGGACGGGCCGGCGGCGAGCAAGCAGGACGGGCCGGCGGCGAGCAAGCAGGACGGGCCGGCGGCGAGCAAGCAGGACGGGCCUGUGCGAACAAAGCGAGACGCUUCUGUGGGGACACAGCAAAGCGAAUCUUUGCACAUAAAAAAAGAGGAGUCUACAGACAAUUUGAAUGACAGUGUUUCACCUCCACUAAAACGAAAGCGUGGUCGACCACCAAAAUUUAAUGACGGUCAUAAUCCUGGGAAUUCUGUUCCUGUUGCCUCAUCAUCCAAAUGCCUUUUAGAUGAUAGUUACAAAAGCAGAUUACGACAGCGUACUCUGGGUGAAGGUGGGUACAUCCGAUUGCACAAAGGUACUGAGAAGAAACUACGUGCCAGAAAAUCCAACCUGAAAUCAGCAACUCAGCAGGUUGCACAGAAACUGGUGAAGAGAGGCAGAAAGAUGCAGCCAAAACGAACCCCUAUAGAGGGAGAUGAUGCAGACACAGAACACAAAUGUGGUGAAUGUGGGAAGGUUUUCCCAAAGCGCUACACCUUAAUGAUGCACAUGAUGAAACACAACCGAAGCAAAGAAUUCAAGUGCCCGCUCUGUGAGAAGGAGUUCCUCUACAAAGCCUCUCUGCUUGCUCAUCUUUUACGGCACAAACGAAAUAUUGAACAAAUAGAUGAGAGUUCUGGAGGAAAGACAAAGAGGCAGUUUAUCUGUGAUAUCUGUGGAAAAACUUUGCCCAAACCUUACAAUCUGAGGCUUCACAUGCUGAAACAUACAGGAGUUAAACCACACAUGUGUAAGCUUUGUGGUAAGACCUUUGGUUAUAAACACAGUCUGAGAUUACACCUGGCUCACCAUGAAGGUAAGAGGGAAUUCAGCUGUGACGUGUGUGGGAAAUCCUUUGCUACUAAACGCAGUCUUCAGGAACAUACAAGUGUUCACACCGGUGAAUCCAAGUACCUGUGUUCAACUUGUGGGAAGUUUUUUAAACGGGCUUCUGGACUUAGCAAGCACUUGAAAAGACACUUGCCGAAGCCUGAGAUUAGAAGCUUUCAAUGCACCCAAUGUGAACGAAGUUUCUAUGAGGCAAGGGACCUACAGCAGCACAUGUACAAGCAUCUGGGUGUAAAACCAUUUCAGUGUCAGUUCUGUGGGAAGUGUUACAGCUGGAAGAAGGACUGGUAUUCUCAUGUAAAAGCACAUUCUGUUACAGAGCCAUAUAAAUGUACUGUCUGUGGAAAAGAAUUCUUUGAGAAAGCCCUUUUCAGACGACAUGUGAAGAAAGCCACUCAUGGAAAAAAAGGCAGAGCCAAGCAGAUUCUGGAUCGUACCUGUGAGCACUGUGGGAAGAAGUUUUCACAGCUAAGAGAAUAUAGAAGGCAUAUGAACAAUCAUCAGGGAGUGAAGCCAUUUGAAUGUUUGACGUGUGGUGUAGCCUGGGCUGAUGCUCGCUCUCUCAAGCGGCAUGUGCGAACACACACCGGAGAACGACCUUACGUCUGCCCAGUGUGCAAUGACGCCUACAUUGAUGCCCGCAGCCUACGCAAACACAUGACCAAGUUUCACAAGGAGCAUGUCCCUGGCAAAAUCAUGUUAGAGAAGGACACCUUGCAGUUUCACAAUCAAGGGACUCAGGUAGAGCAUGCCAUCAGAAUCCUAACUGGUGAGAUGCAAGAGGAAUUGGACAAGACAGAAAUAAUUGGCGAAGAAAUUGAGACUGUCAUAGUGACUGGAGAGACCGUUGAAACUGUGGAGGCUGUGGAGGCUGUAGAGGCUGUGGAAGCUGCAGAGGCCGUGGAAGCUGUGGAGGCUGUAGAAAAUCAAGAAGAGAUUUUGCCCUCACUAACAGACCAUGGAAUUAUGCAAGUGGUCAACUAUGUCUUGUCUCAGCAGCAAGGACCAAAACUCACUGAAAUUGGUGAGACAGUAGAAGUUGAGGUUGCCCACAUUGGAGAGGUUGAGUGAAAUAAGGGAGUUGAUUUAGGUCUUGACCUGAAAGAUGGCAAUAUGCUCAAAUAUUCUGGCAAUAUGGAAGUUCUUCAUGAUAAUAGAUUUAUGCAGGUAACUAACCAGACACUGAUUCGGGCUUUUUAUUUAUGUAUACUGUCAGGCUUUCGCAUAUAUCACUGAGUGAUCUACAAGUAAGCAAAUAAUACCAAUGCAAAGAUAGGAGGAGAUGAGAGAACCUAUUAAAUUGUAAGAUUACAAGACCAGAAGCUAUGAGAGCAAAAUUAGUUUGUGACGCUUUGAAGCAAGGUGUAAACUUCCACUUAUUUUAAAAGCAAAUGCAAUUUAUUUCUACUUUGCAUCCUUACUUUAGGCACGGUUUCACAAUUUGUAUCCAGGUGACGUAAAUGCAAACCAUCUUGCGUCAGUAUUUUGUGUGGAAAGUCUGUACUUAUUGAUUGGAAUACAGAGGAAUGAAAAUAAACAAAACAGACAUCCUGAGAAUAGGGUACGGAUAGAUUUGUACUCCUGAACUAUUAGUAUUGUAGGUCCAACCAAGUUUUUUUAAAAACUUUACAAUGAAUAUAGGUGAGUUACAAGGACUGUGGGUAGGUGAGUGAAUUAAGAUUUUUUUUCGUAAAGGAUUAUAGUUCUACAAUUUCUAAAUUUACAGUAUAUUUUUCUCCUUUGACAUUUUAACUUCAGGCCCUGUUUUUAGGGUUAUUGACAUCUUUGAAAGGGAAUGUAAACAUAUCUGUUUAGAAAGGUUUCCAUUUGUUUUCCCACCAUGUUAUCAGUAAUAUUGGAGAAAUAAAACAAGGUUGUCCAAUUCAUGUUUCAUCAACAAUUCAAACUACAAUUCUCCAGAUUUAAGACCUGGCAAAAGUACUGAUACAAUUGUGUCCCAGGUUACAGAAAUACAUUUUCUGAUUCACUUUGGAUUUGUCAAUCAAAUGGGAGGCCUUCAUUGGGUCAGUGGCUUGUGAAAGUGUAAUUUAUGUAAAUAAAUGUGGAUAUGAGAUUGGUUUAUACAUAAGUGAUGUGCACAUGUAUGUAUCUUUGUAGUCUUAGUCACUUGCCUCUGUUAAUGGAGCUGUGUCUGUGACAUGCAGCCAGAAGUGCUUGCAAGAGACAUCCAUGUGAAUUUAGAACACUGAAGGAUCAUUGGUUGUUCUGUUUUAAUGCAUUCCAGCAGUUAAUAAGGGGGAGGAAAAAAAGCUCUCUGAAAGUACAUACGAGAGGGGUUUUGUUUGUAAAAUAUCAAUAUUGUGGCUAUAAGUUUUCAUGCAGAAUUAUUAAAUUACGAAAAACUAUGCAGUCUUGUUAUCCAAGGUUGAGUUCAAAUUUUGUUCAUGAGAAUAGUUUUCUCUUCAUAUAAUGUGGUCAAAACUGGAACUUAAUUGUUGCUUUGCUAUCAGUAAAAGCCCUAGUCAUCCUGGCUGCUAAAUAAAUUAAUUUUCAUUAUGUUUAAAAUAGUUUUUAUUUAUUUUUCAUGUUGUACCUAGUAGGGAAUUGCCAAGUUUAUGCCUUUCAAUUGCAAUGCCUUUCUCAAACUUUAGUUUUUUCUUGCCUUCUCUGACCAUGGGAUGAGAUCCCAUAGAAAUGUUGAGGGAGGGAGCAUUUCUGAAGGGACAUUGUUUCUUUUAAGACUGUACACAACUAUGCCUGAAGACAUCUUGUACAUGACUCUCCAGGUGCUUCACACUAUAUAACACAGGACCUUACUAUAUAAUUGUGUAGAACGAUAUGACAUGGAAAGGAGCCAUUCAGCUGAAAUUGCCUGUGCUGGUGUUCAUACUCCACAUCUUCUAUACCUCUAUUCCCUUUUCUCCCUUGUGUGCAUCAAGUUUGCUUUCAAAUAAAUUGAUUCAUUUUGCUUCAACCAUA